UGAAAAUGGGACGAAGCAAGCUCCCCAUCAAGAAAAUAGAGAAUACCACCAAUCUCCAAGUCACAUUCUCCAAACGUCGAUACGGCCUCAUUAAAAAGGCCUACGAAAUUGCUGUUUUAUGUGAUAUUGAUCUCACUUUAAUCAUGCUCUCCCCUUCCGGCCGACUCAGCCAUUUUUCCGGUAGGAAAAGAGUUGAGGAUGUGAUAUAUCGUUACAUUAAUCUCUCCGAUCGUGAUAGAGGAGGGAUUAUUGCAAAUAGAGAGCAAAUAGUGAAUACACUAACGAAAAUAAAAACUGAAAAGGAUCUAGCUAUGCAAAGUGCCGCAACUCCUGGCUCUGAUACUGAGGAAAUACAAAAAGAGAUUCAAAAUUUGCAAAGAGAAGUUGCGGAAACUCAGAAAGAACUUAGAGUGUUCGAGCCAGAUUUGGACAUGUUUACGAGUGUAGGAGACUUCGAACUCUGCGAAGUGAGGCUCAAGGAAGCCCUACGCCGUGUCAUGCAAAGAAAGAGGAAUCUCAUGAACAAAGUAGGCCAGCAAUCAAGUUACCAAGACACCAUACAGCAAAUAAAUACAGUUGUACAAUAUAUAACCGAAGCACAUACAAAUGGAGCGAAGCCCUUGCUGGAGAACGACGACGAUCAAGGAAUGGAGCUUACCAAUAUUGAGCACAUUAAUUUCGGGUUAGAUGCAUGUUCCGCCACUCUAAGGAAGCAAUCAUCGCCAACGAUGUAUGAGUCCGUUUCUCAAACAAGUGGAAAUGAGAAUGCCCAAACCGUCGAAGGAUGUUCGGACAAUGUUGUGAGCAAUGAUGCUUUUCAACAGUUCCAUUCGUCGAAGAACCACUACACUUCUUUACUGCAGCCAGAGAACUCCACUCAUUUCAAGGAUGUACUAGAAGGUUCGAACGAAACCCUAGCCGGACUAGAUGAACAUAGGAUGUUCUUACCAUCAAGUGAACUUCAUCUAUAAGUUUAUAAUCAAGAUCAAUAACCAAAAUAGAGAAAUUAUCAAUCUACAUACCCACAUGAUUAAAACUAUCAUUUUUGUGAAACCAUAUGUUUUCCCUUGUUAAAUCAAGAUUUUCAGAGUGUUUGUACAU